AUGGCAGCACCACCCCUACACACAGAAGUUGCCCUUGUAGAAGCAAACAGCCGUCCCCUUGGAGUCCAGUUAGUCAACUCCAGGAAAACCAACAAGAUAUCAGAGGCUACAGACCUUGUUGAACUGGCUCAAGCAAUACAGAAGGCUGAUGAGUUUACUAAAGCGAAUGUAGGCAGCAAGCUGACUGUGAUAGCUGAACAGAUGCAGUUUCUCCAGAACCAGGCACGAAAGAUUCUGGAAGAUGCCCGACGAGAUGCAGCCAUGCACCACGCUGCAUGUAAUCUUGUGAAAAAAGCUGGAACAAUUUACUACUUGUACCAACGGGAGUCUGGCCAGAACUAUCUAAGCCUUCUCUCACCUCAUGAGUGGGGCGUGUCCUGCCCCCAUGAGUUUCUCGGAGGCUAUCGCUUGGAGUACGACCAGUCCUGGACACCCAUCCCAGAUCUGGCCAAGAAGGAUCAAGCAAAUGCUCUCAUAGACAAGAUAUUCAACUCCAAGCACAUCCUCGCAGCAGCCGACCCUUCCGUGCAGAUGAAGCACAUCCUCAGAGCAGCCGACCAACCCGUGCCCGCCAGUGGCUCACAGAUCAUUGAUGUCACUGAACCCUGUGGUCUCUUCCAGGAAAGUUGA